CAGCUUAUUUAAAUAGACUAUUAAUACUUUAAAGACAUCAAGGCGGCCUUUUAUACUCAAAGCUGGAGUGGAUUCAAUUAUUUCCAUCCGAGCAACACGGAUCUGUAUUUCAAUUUUCUCUUCCCUACCAGUUCCUAGGCAAUUAUUGUUAAUAAAUAUUUACAUAUGCCAAUCAUCUGCACCUGUUAAACCCGGAAUUAAUGUUGCGAAUAGUGCAAGUUUCGUGAUUUUCUCUUAUCUAGUUCAAAUCUGGGGCAGCGAACGUUAUUCUGAUAGAUCGAACCAUCGAAUUUUGCUGGACGCUCUAAAAACUGGAUAAAACUGGUAAUGUUUCUUUUCAGUGGUGUUGAGGUUAUUUUCCCACAUCACAAAGAAGUUUCAUAACACUCCGCUUCAAGCCUAUAUGAAAAUAAUCGUAUCUCUUGACCAGCUCGGUCUGGCUCGAACCGGAGUACGGUGGAUGCCAAGCUUACAGCAUAAAACAGGUUGCAUUUCUUUUCUCUCUUGUCAUGAACCUUGUUCUACCGUUUUCGAAUCGCCGGGAUUUCCAAAGUCCUUCUCCAUAGCUCCACCCAAAUUAGCAUGACAUCACAAAUACGGCAGUUUGGCUUAUACCUUGCUUAUACAAGUGUUACCAGAGAAGGAGGAGCCAAUGGUGAUUUUAAGGUCAUCAAGAGUAGCUAAAUUAUUUUAUUUGAAAGAGGAACAAGAUUUAACCAGUCGGAACCAGCCAACAUGCACCUUGGUCAAUUCCUGUAUUAUAUACAAGCCAAAUAUAUCCUAGUUACUUAGUUAGCCGUUAUAAAAAGGACGACGAUGAGAAAAUUGAACGCCACUUUUCAGUCGCCUUUCACGCAGACUCGUCGCUUGAUUUGCGUUUUGGGAUGCAGUCUAGUCUAUAAGGUUGCACACAAUUAUCUAAAUGCACUUGAGUUGUAUCGCCUUAUUCUGUGAAACACUUCAAUUCGAGCCCUCCUGACAGAGCGAUGAGUAUGUCGGCUGGUGGUCUGGCCGCUGCCGUUUGCAUAGCGUAUUGGUGGGCAUGUCGCUGUUGGUAGUCUGCCUCAUAUUUUGCGCGGCACCCUACAUGCACUGCUUCAAUUCUCCUCCUAAAAAAAUCGAGAUUGAUUCUUCUAUUCAAAAGAUCGAUUCGGAAUUUCCUACAGAUGGACUCCCUCCGACGUACGAAGAGAGUGAAAUGGACUUCACGUCGGAGAGUGAUACGAGUUCAACUGACAAAACCUCGAUUUUCGACAGUAAAAGUGCCAUAGUGGAAAUUUCGUAUUCAAAAGAACCGCCAGCUCCAGUGAUAACGCCCCCACCGUCCCUUGCGCAAAUGUCUAGCGUUGCCAUUGAUAUGGAGAUGACGUAACUGCGGAGGCUAAUAUACGACAGCCGGAGUAGAGGUCGCAGUUAACCCGUUUCUUUUUGACGAACGAUAUCAACGCGAAACUAUUUGCUGUUUUUUCCCCAAGCUACACAGCGACAAUCUGAAGGUACUGACUACUAGACGGCGAGUGCAUUUAUACGUACGAAUACGUUACAAAGUGAUAAAAAAAUUGAGAUGAUGCGAUUUCAAUCCUAUUCCAAUACUCCUCCUCCCAUUCAUUCAUUUUAUGCUAACAGUAAUAUAAAAUGCAGAACAUUAAUAUAUUCAAUCUGAAACGUACAUAUAUGUUUCCGAUAACGCUCAA